CGAUGUGAAAACCUUUUCGGUGACAUCGCAAAUGGUGCUAGUCGUGGUGCAAGUGGAGUCUAAAUAAUCGAAUUGAAAAAAGCGCAGCUCGUAUGACCGAAUAAAAAUCAACAACGAAAAGAAGACGAGACAACAAAAGUGUUUCACCUUUUAUAAGCAUACAUUUUUUAUUGAAAUGUUCAAUUUUGACGCGAAAACAACGUAAGCUAUUAUCCACACAACGGUGUAAUACGACUUGAAUAAGACUUAAAAGUUCAAAUGCAAACGCAAGUGACAGUGAAAAUAAGAUAAACGAAAAUAGCAUUGCGACGAACGAACGAAGUUAAGUAGGCGUAAGCUGAGAAUAUCCUUUGAGGAAACAAUCAAAGGAACAAUAGCGCAGCAGAGACAAAGCUAAAAUAAUCGCGACAACUACAAGCAGCCAUAAAACAAUAAAAUGAUUGUGCGAAGAAGAAGCCGACGUGCACGCAUGUGGAAUAUGGGAUUGUUGUUCCUUAUCUACUACUGCGUUACUGUGUAUUCGGCCAAGAAUGACGAAAAGCCAGAUAAUAUGUUUAAUCCCGAGAAUUUGCAAGGGGAUGGGGAUAGCGCAUUAGAUGAAGGCGCUGAAAAGGGGCCUUCGGAUGUCGAUGUCCCGGACGCAGAUGUAAUGGAUACUACUCUGGGACCAAGUGACACAACGGAAUCUAGCGUUAUGUCUACAACACCUACACACACUGCUGCCAAACACGCCGUUCCCACUUGGCGCCCAAAACGAAAUUGCACUCCACCAGCUAUUGAACAAUUUCCUCAGCCAUUGAUGGGCAAAUGGGGACGUCAACAUGGUGGACUCGUUAUACAUGUCAUCGUUGCCAUUUAUACGUUCUUCGGCCUGGCUAUCGUUUGUGAUGAAUACUUUGUCGCCAGCUUAGAUCGUUUGUGUGAAGAAUUGAAACUGGCACCCGAUGUGGCGGGCGCCACUUUCAUGGCGGCAGGCAGUUCAGCACCCGAGCUGGCCACUGUGGUGAUUGGUGUGUUCUUCGCCAAGGAUGAUAUCGGCAUUAGUGGCGUUAUUGGUUCGGCGGUAUUCAAUAUCAUGUUUGUGAUAUCGGUUUGUGCACUCUGUUCCGGAACUGUGUGCCAAUUGAAUUGGUGGCCCUUAGUGCGUGACUGCUUCUUCUACAGUCUUUCUAUACUAGUGAUGCUGAUCAUCAUUUUCAAUGACGUUAUAUCUUGCUACGAAUCGGUGUUCAUGUUGCUAUGCUAUGUGGGAUAUUGCGUUGCUCUACAUUUUAACACGGAACUGGAGCGGUGGGCUUUGUCGCUAAAUUUGCCAUUCAAGUUGCCCACCAAGGAGGAACAAUCAUCGCUGGUGACAUAUAAAAAUAUGCCUGAUAGUUCGUAUACUCAAGGCACACAACAACAACAGCAAACGAGUUUAACACAGGAUGGGGCAUCUGGAUCUCAACAACAACAACAGACAACGAGUGAUUAUCAAAGCUAUGGAGAUCCAAAUUCCAGUUGGGACCCAAACGCCGCAUGGGCCGAGGAACCGUCGACAAAUCCAGUGGGAGUCAGUGUUAGAUACGGCCAACCACCAGGGGAAGAUGACUGGGGCACGAAUACAUUUACCACCUCAGGUCCGGGGCUUGGUCAAGAAAAUAUGGCAUACAAUCCCGAUCAACCGGAUGCAGUCGUCACACAAUCAACUACAAACGGUGACGGCAGCAAGCCUGUUGUCGGCAAACCUCAACCAGCUGGCGUAGAAUAUUACAAAUCGGCUGAUAGAUCGAAAGAGGCACGCCCCAAUCCAUUGGAACGUCCCACGGAAGGCGGACUUCCAACACUGAUCGCCUGGUAUGUCGUCUAUCCCAUACAUUAUUUGUGCAAGAAAACAAUGCCCGAUUGCCGAACCGAGCAAUACCGCAAUUGGUAUCCAUUCACAUUUUUCGUAUCGAUGAUUUGGAUCUCGUUCUAUUCAUAUUUUAUGGUUUGGAUGAUAACGGUGAUCGGUUCAACUUUAGCCAUACCGGACACGGUUAUGGGAUUGACAUUUGUUGCUGCUGGUGUAUCUGUGCCCGAUGCCCUAAGCUCAAUAGCGGUAAUCAAAGAAGGUUUCGGCGACAUGGCCGUAUCGAAUGCGAUUGGCUCGAAUGUCUUUGAUAUCCUAGUGUGCUUAGGUCUUCCGUGGUUUAUACAAACGGCCAUAAUAAAGCCAGGCUCGCACGUCAAUGUCAUCUCGAAAGGUUUGGCAUAUUCCACUUUGUCGCUUUUCUCGACGGUCAUCUUCCUCAUCUUAUCCACACAUUUGAAUGGCUGGAAAUUGGACAAACGACUUGGCAUUAUACUGAUGAUUUGGUAUUUGUGCUUCAUAACACUGGCUUCGUUGUACGAACUGAAUGUAUUUGGAUACAUGAACCCACCGGAAUGCGCCAGUGAUUACUAAAUAAAUAAAUGUGGCUGUAAUAAAAAUAUAAUAAUAACUCAGAUGAAGCUAAGCACACAACAAGCUAUUAUAAUUCCAAAUCAAAAAUACACAGGACUACUGUGCAUGCACACACACAUACAUACAUAUAUGCAAGUAUGUGUGUCUCUUUCAAUAAGUUGAAAAUAAAUGGGUCGACGUCAAGACGGUUUCGCAGAUUAUGUAUGAGGCAUAAAAGCAAAGUGCAACGAGCAUGUUCCCGCUACAGAUACAUACAUACAUACAUAUGGGCACAUACAAACCUUCCUGUAUAUGAUUGAUAUGUAAAGGUUUUACUCAGAUCAACAACACAUUGACUCAGCAAGCCGCAUGUGUCGGCGGGUAAGCUUGAAUUGGAUUUUAUUGUGUUGGCAAGCGGUUGGCUGUGCAGCGAAGCUGGACAAAUGCAUUUGUUAAGUUUAUUCCACGCUUUGAUAUCUCGUCUUCUUCAAUCACCAGCAACAUUCGCAUCCGCAAUGGCAUAGAGCAACAGAAUAGAGCUGUACGUCCGAGUGCGUCAGAGUCAGCACCAAGAUUCAUAGUAUCUCAUUACAUACCAGUGUUCACUGGACUUACAUACAUACAUACAUACAUACCUACAUGCAAUAUACAAGUGACAUACAUACGAAUAUAUAUGUACAUACAUAGACGACUGCAAGACAUACUGCAUUAAUCAGCAGCGCUUAGAAACCAAAUAGCGAGGGGAGGUUUGGGUUGGGUAGCGAGCGAUAGUUUGUGAAUCGACUAAAGAAAUCAAAUCAAAAAUAGGCAUCCAAGUCAAUUUCAUGAUUUGAAAACUAGUUGUGUGGUUUUUGUUAUUCACUUGUUUUACACCACUACGCAUUCUUCGAUGAACCUCCCCACUCCCCCACCCUCCCGUCAUCUUAUUGCGUCUCUCAGUAUACAUGUGUGAGUGUGUUACACAAUUAAAACUUCCAGGUGUUGCAAAUAUGAAAACCAAGAAACAAAAGUUUAUUAAAAUAGCAUAUACCAUUAGCACGGCACCAUAUUUACAACAACAAAAUUUUAAUAUACAACUCAAUUCGAAAAAGUAAAGUGUUAGUACAUACGUUUUUACAUCGCACGAAGCAACAAGUUAUAAAAUAUAUAUACAUAUAUACAUAUAUAUAUGCAUAUGUAUAUGUAUAUACAUACAUAUAUACAAAAUAUAAUACUCCUCAAGAAAAUGGCUAAGUUCAAGGCUAAAAUAUGAUAUGUAAAUCGGAAAAUAUUAAUGCUACCGAGGCCACUCGACACGAUGAUGAACUCCUGUAGAACUCGACGAGCUGAACUG